AUGGGAGAUCAUGGCAGCUCUCCAACAUGCCUAUCAGCAGAGCCUCAUGGUCCAGCUGAAGGGAGCCACGGAACCAUUCGAGACCACGCUGCUCACUAUUUUGGUUGCAUCGAGAUCGCUGAUCGAGUCAACUAUCUGAGCCGAGAGAAAAACUCGGAUCUCUGGGAUCACGAGAUUCAAAUCGAGGCUGAGAGGCUGCAGCAACGAAAGCCUACCAUCAGUGAGGACGAACGGCUAAAGACUGCGAAAGAAAAGGUUGAAGCUAGAAUCAAGAGUCUCGCUGUGAGCAUUGAAGCGCAAUACAAGCGAACGGACAUCCUUCGGAAAGCACUCUCGGAGGUGAGAUGUCCCCAAUGCAAAGAUGAACCUCCAAACAAGGACGUAGAGGACCCGGCGAAUCAACACCCUCAGUGCGACCUGGUUCAUCUUGUAUCUCACAGUCACGAGGAAUGGAAGAAUUCCGACAGUUACAAGAAGGGUAUCGAGAUCAUCCAAGACUGGAAACGAUACAAAGCAUCAUCGGCACAGAGUAGCGAUGUUGAGGACGAGCAUGUCACAAAUAGUCCGAGUUUAUUAAGCAAUGGCCAGCUCAGAUUGGCACCUGAGAGGGAAGAGGCUCGCAAGAUCAUCCGGGACGGUCAUACCGAUGUCGAUUAUGCCUUUGAAGAAGAUGAAGACACACCCUCGUACGAGCUGGAACGAGAUAUGAACGGGUACCUCAUCCAGUGGAAGAUUUUAAAACCUGGAGAGUCACUCAAAAAGCUCGACUCGCACACGCCAAUCAACAUCUCCCCAACGUCGGUCAAUUUCACCCCUCCCUUACAGCUCCCAUCUCUUCCUCCUUCUCCUCGGCGAGCUCCUCGGCCUCGGGCAGCUAGAGCGCCGAGUGAAACUACAGUUCAAUUCGAAGCUACAGACCACAAGCCAAAGGAACGUCCGACCGGGCCCAGUCGCUUGCGCUCUGGGACACUGCAAUCCGCCUCCUAUCUCGAGCCUUACACAGAACAGGAGAGAUAUCUGGAGCCGUUUACCGAGAACCUCACCGAUUACCGUUUCAAAGGGAAGUUUCCUGAUCAGAGACUGACGUUGCAAAACCUUCUCGACUCAGCACCGGAAAGGCCAGAGCCUCAGGACGUAAUCCUAUCUCGAGAUCGACCAAACAAGGAUGGAAGAGUGCGGUACUUCCAUAUACCGCAUAACAACAUGCAGUGGCUUGAGGAAGCCAUCGCACGUUACUUCAACGAGGAGUGUCCACUGUCCGACGGAAUUUACCGAAACCCGUUGAAAACGCACAGCCGUAUGAUCUUACGUCCUGAAUAUUGGAGAGGUCAACAGCAUGGUGGCAGGCGCACGUUGGUACAUGCUAGACAUAUGCGUGCUAUAUGCGAGCGUAUCUCGUCGAGGAUCUGGGAGGUGGAAGACAACCCUGAUAAUCUUGUGCUAUUUAUGCCCUACUUACACUGGGAGGAAGAUCGUAAGCGUGACAAGAUGGCUAAAAUAAUUGACAAGGAGUCAGAGAGAAAUCGAGAAGAACAUGAGAGGCAGCGCAAUAAAGCCCGGGAACAGAGAGUAAGGGAACGUACUUACAAGCCAACCACUGCCAACGACAAGCAAGUACGCAACUUGCUCGAGCCCGAUCUUUGCCGUAUCAGGCACCACGAUAAGGUUUCUCCAAUACAUAAGAGAAGCAUCCUCAAAGCUUGGGAGAAGAAUGCACGCGGAAAACCUAACGGCAAGCACGAGAUGGUCGACGUUGCUAGUGGAUUAGCAACGGGCGGCCUUGUUGAACAUGAAUACGGCAGUGAUGGCCACAACCUAUGGUCUGUUCCCAAGCUGAAGUGCUCCGACCAUGGGAGGUUGCAGAUUGAGAACAAGCUAGGUCAGUUUCUUUUGGACUCCGCUAGACUGUAUGAGGCAAUGUCCAUGUAUAGAGAUCAGUGCCUGGUUGAGAAGUACCUUCACCACGAUCCACCUCUACAUCCCCGGCGCACCCUCGACCAGUCUUACUACUGGACUCUGAAGACAACAAAAGCGAGAGACAGAGACCAGGUUGUUUAUCGCGGUACAACCAUGGAUGAGAGGAACAUCCAUAGAUUUCGAGAACGCCGUGAAGAUUCUGCACAGUCUUGUAAAGACAAGAAACCGUUUAGGCGCUUCGCUGCUCCCUCAAACACUGAGAAGAACCCCGACUUUGAUGUUACGGACUCAUCUGAAAGCAACUUUGGGCGUUACAAAUGGGAUGGUCACUGGACGAAGACCGACGAGGACGGUUGCGAUCACUGUAAGGACGAGAUACGCAAGGUGUCCAGGAUUGUCAUGGUCGACCAGCUGUGGAUGUGGAUCUUGGACAAGCGGACGAUCAUCACCAGUUUCCCGAAAAGAUAUGGCGCAAACAAGUCAGAUCCCUCGGGGGUACACAAGUCGAUACGCACCCGUAUCAAGCACGCUCGCAAGAACCAGAUUCGAUCUGUCUUUGAUGUGGCACUCAUCAUUCUCGAUGAGUGCUCGAACACGUUCUUCGACAGAACAAAAACACCAGAUCGACACCCGCAGGUCAUGGACAUAUUCGCAGAGUCCAUCGGCACUCUGCAAAACAAACAAACAGUCUCUUUCCAGCAUUUAUGGCACUGGACUGAGCAAGCCUCCAAGGUUUACCACUCCAAGUCAGCCUUUGAGGACACAUCCCAUCUCCACGUUCCGCUUCUCAACAUCAACCCUGAGGGCAAGCUGCAGCGAGAAAUAAAAGACAUUAUCGAUGAACUAGACAUCAUGAUACAUGUCAAUGGGAAACAAAGGGAAGUCAUCAAGCGGUUCGUGAAGCACGUUGAAAAUAUCUACGACCCGAGUGGUAAAUGGCGGGACGAGACACUCAGCCCGGAUGGCAAUCGGGACUACUUUCGUUCCCGGUCAAUGUCGCGAAGCGGCGAAGACAUCAGGUCUACGGAAGAGGCUAGGAAACAAGAGGAACGCGAGAAGGAUGAGUUUACUUGGUUCCGCAAACAAGCAUACGAUCUCAUAUCAGAUGUGGACGACCGAAUGAACGAGCUCGAAAGCCUGCGCAAAAGCGCUGAGACUACAUCGCAAGGCAUCAAAGACCUUCUUGACCUGAAACAGCAGCAGGCUAGCAUUCUACAGGCAUGGCAGUCAGUCAGGCAAGCAGACGAAAGCGUUCGCCAAGGAAGAUCCGUCAUGAUCUUUACGAUUGUUACCAUCAUAUUUCUACCGCUAUCGUUCAUGUCGAGUGUGUUCGGCAUGAACAAUAGAGACAUUGGCGACACCAACAUGUCUUUUGGAGACCAGGCGAGUUGGAUGUUCCCAAUAUCCGCAAGUGUAAUUUUUAUCUCCAUUGUGUUCGCCUUUUGGACUUACCCGCGCACAAUUUUCUGGUCUGCAUACAAGCUGUCAGAAACAUGGAUUCUUGUCACUUUCGGCUUCUAUGCACUCUAUCUCAAGAUUGGAGAGUGGAAGAAAGACUGGACAACGAGCGAUAAGAUGCUGAAAAGACUUGAAAAGAAGGUGGAGGGCAUGAGGAGCCAAGUCAAAGAUCAACGUCGCGCCAAGCGCGAGAGGGCAGAUGCCGAAGUAUUGAAAAAGGCGGAGGAGACGGACGGCGGCCCAACAAAGUCUGAGUAUUGCUUGCCGGAAAAGGCAGGGCAAUAUGCCUCCCCGACGCCCUCAAUCCCUGAAUCACGGUCACCUCGACGUAUCACGGCAUUCAUCACCAUAUACACACCGAGAUACUGGGACAUAUGGUUUUGGCAGAAGGACCGUUGGUGCGUUAAGCUCGCCAGAGGAGACAGUAGAGAUGGAGCCGGUGAUGGAAGCGGCAAUUGCGGUGGUGGUUAUUCCAUCAAUGGUAUGAGAACAUUUUUGGCAUUAAGAAAGCUUUCAAAGGCAUCCGCGCCUCGAGGUCGAAACAAUUUCUCUGAUAGGGUCGCUUCGAGCUACCUGAGGGGCAGAUGUAUUGGCCAACGCCGCAAGCUGCAUAAGAACACAGGCUCAGUACUGCAGCCUGAUUGUUCAACCUCCUCAAUAUUUGCCAAAAACCCUCAACGGGGCGACUUAAUCAUGGAGGCUGCUGGCCUAGCUUCAAGUAUCCUGACUUUCAUCGACAUUUGUUACAAGGUAGCCAAAAGAACUUACGAAAUUUACGAAUCCGCGACGGGUGCCACAGCCGAAAACAUACACGUAGGCAAUGUCAUCAUCGACCUCGAAAAAGCUGCAGCCGAGUUGAGUCCAGUCUCCAGAGGACAUGAUGCGGAGUUGGCAAAGUUGUCAGAGCAGUGCCGAACCUUGUCAGACGAUCUCUUGAAGCUUCUUGCAGGGCUAGAGAGGCGCGAGAAAAGGUUGUUCCAGAGUUUCAAGGCCGCGAUUGCCGGUGCGCGCAAACAGAAAGAGGUCGCUUCGAUUGAGAAAAGACUGGAUCAGUACCGUCAACAGAUUAUUCUUCACUUGACACUCAAUAUUUACCGAGACCAAUCGCCCAUCAAGGCUCAACUCGAGCGAAUACGAGACGAUAGCAGUCGACUUGAAAACGAGCACGCUGCAAAGUUGGAUGCACUACACAAUCAACUCUCCGAAGUACUAGAGCGGAUGAGAACUGCUAGCUCGAGACCGUUUUGGGAUCAGCAAGUUUCAAACGACCGUGACUUCAUAAAGACACUCUCGCCUCCUGUCAACGAACUUGACCAAGACGAAUUUUUCGGAAAAGCCUCCCACAAGACACAUACAGCCAACGAACCAUCUACACACAACAUUCAGUACCAUGCGAUUGUGGGCAAUGAUCUCAGAGAUCUCGCAAGACUUCUCCAUGACUUCAAAUCGUGUGCCAGCACUCUCGAGGCAGAAAAUAAGACACUUGACAGUUUGUACUUCGACGCGAUAUUUCAAAGAGAGAACAGCGUCUCCGAUGCUGUAUCAAACACUUUUGCUUGGAUAGUCGAUGGUUUCCCGCCAUCCACCACUUCAGAAUCAAUCGACAAAAACGGCUCAAAUUCUCCGAGAGAGUCUCGACGAUCUUCCUUUUCUUCCUCGCCCAAAUCAGAAGAAGAAGAGCUAGUAGAUCACCAUCGCAUAGCUUUGGAGAAGCAGCUACUUGAAGAGACUCAAAAUCGGGAGGCUAUGUCUCAGAGCCUUCAUUCCUUCUUGGCAGAUGAAGGAGAGGUUUUCUUCGUCUGCGGGAAAGCGGGCAGUGGAAAGUCAACGCUCAUGAAAUUCCUUAGCCAUCACUCCAGCGUAAGAGAAACGCUGGUGGAUUGCGCCAGCAAACGAAAGCUUGUGAUCGUCAACACAUUCUUCUGGAGCUCUGGCGAUCCUCUUCAGAAGUCUCUUGAGGGAUUCUACCGCGCUGUUCUCUUUCAUACUUUAAGGCAGUGCCCUGAACUACUUGAAACGGUCAUUCCAACUCUUACUGGGAUAUGCUUCUCCCCUCUUUCAGCAGCCAUAUCACUCUCAGAGUUAGAGGCGGCCUUCAGUCGUUUGCAGUCAUUAGAGAACGCCGCUAGCUAUCUCUUCUGUUACUUCAUUGAUGGGCUAGACGAAUAUGAGGGAGAUCCUCUUGAUCAAAAACAUCUUGCAGAGAUGCUAAGAAAAUGGUCACGGAAAGAUAAUGUCAAGAUAAUAUGCUCAGCCCGGCCAUCGACCGUUACCCUCGACAUCUUUGGCGCCAGCAAGACAUUCUUUGAGCUUCAUAAGUUGACCAAAGCCGACAUACACGCCUUUGCCGAGGAUCAAAUUGAAAAGUAUCUGAGCGAGCCUACUUUCAAAAAAGUUCAAGCGGUAUGUCUGGGUAUGAUUCACAAAAUUGUGGAACGCGCCGACGGUGUGUUUCUCUGGGCAAGCCUCGUCGUCAGGGCUUUGUUGAAUGCGGCUCUAGAACACGAAGACGAGUUUUCUAUCCAAAAGAGGCUGGAAGAGUGUCCCAAAAGUCUCAAUCAACUUUUUCAUCAGAUGCUUGACAGCAUUGAUCCAUCUCCAUCUGUGAGAUUGCGGUCGACGAUUCUCUUGCAGCUGUUGGCAAGCGAGCCCAGAAUCCGUCUCAACGCCCUCGCGCUCUCGUGGCUGGACGAAUCUCGUACUUUGCGAUCGCUAAUGGGUCUACCCAGGCGCUCAAAUCAUGACAAGUACACCGAGACUCGGAUUGAAACAGAGCACAGGAAGGCACGAAGCCAGUUGCACACCUUGACAAGGGGCUUGGUUGAGAUGGAGGCAAGUGAACAAUUGGCAUACCUCACAAGUACCAAACACGGCUGUGGGUCCUACUACCAAACCUACUUUUGCUUUUUCCAUCGGACCGUCAGAGACUUUCUUGCGGAAGAAUGGUUGCCAAGCCUAGUCCAACGGCCGCUCAUAACAGCCGAGCAAGAGGCAGCAGUAAAGGCUGAGCUUCUGAUAGCAGAGAUUAGACAUUGUCCUGAACCGCAUCUCCAUUUGUCGGAACAUGCUUACCCUGGUUGUUACUUCAAGAUGUUAGACUUUUUUGACUCUUUUCGAUUCUCUCCAAUUCAGCGUCUAGACUUUUUUACUGUACUGGUUCAGGAAUUGGCUGUUGUUGUCUGCGGUAAUCAACAACACUCCCCACCUUUCUUAUCACAAAAUAUUCUGAUUCCCAAGUCUAAGCAACAAGAGAAAAUGGGUCCAACAGUAUGGGAACCCUUUUCGUUUCUGCACUUCGCUGCGACUUAUGGCAUGGCUCAGUACGUCAAGACAACUGUGGCGAGUAUGGACAAUCCGACAAUUGUUGAUACAUCUAAUGUCAACCUUCUGAUCACGGCCGCGUACUCGUUUGUUCCAGCCUUGGUAGAUUUCUUGCUUCAAGAGGGCUGGCAUCCGAAUGAGCUUGUCACGGCUUGUGGUCUAAAAUCGUCUCUGAAGGGCGAAAGAUGCUUUGUAUCUGUUUGGGAGGCCUUCUUGUACCGUGUCGCAAGUUUUCUGAGCGCAUUUUGCGCUGACGAGUCUCGAACUCCUGUUUGGAAAGUCAGGGACAGAGAGAGUGUGGAGCUCUUGAACGAUAUGUUUUCAAUGGUCGAAAGCUUUCUUCAGUCUGGGGCUGUUGGUAUCCCUAUUAUAGGGUAG